AUUAUUUAUGUUAAUUUUGACUUAAAAAUGAUAAAUUGUCUUAAUUUGUGUCAACCAAUUUAACUAGUGAGAAAUUGGCAUUCUUGCUUCUAGUGUCAAUCGUGUUAAUGGCCCUUUGACACCUGUCACUCCUUGUCCACCUGUCAAGAAAAUCUGGCAAAACAUGUCAAGAUUGUGAAAAUAAUUUAAAAUAAUAUAGACCCUAAAAUGAACAAUAAAUUAUCCGAGCCCCCUUCCGGGGGCAUAAACAACGCUUUAGAUGAUGUGGUGGUGCAAGACAUCCUCAACUCGUUCACAGACCUUCGACAAUACUCAAAAGAAAUUGAAAAAGAACUGAAAGAAACCGAAAACAAGUCAAUUCAGGACUACAUUAAAGAAAGCGCUAACAUUGCAAGCUUGCACAACCAGAUUUCAGCUUGUGAUGAGAUUUUGGAACGUAUGGAGUCCAUGUUAGUGGGGUUCCAAACAGACUUAGGAAGUAUAAGUAGCGAGAUCUUAUCCCUGCAAAGAAAAUCGAUAUCCAUGAGCCAGGAACUGAGCAACCGGCAAGCAAUAAGGGGCCAGUUGAGCCAAUUUAUCGAUGACAUGGCCGUUCCAGAGUCACUUAUUGUGGGAAUUAUGGAUAACCCAGUCACUGAUAAAGAGUUUCUAACGCAGUUGCAAGUCUUGAACCACAAAAUCAGCUUUGUUAAGGAGCAAAGUUUCAAAGAGUCGAAGUCGUGUCUGGACGUUAAAGAUAUUUUGGAAAAACUCAAAAUCAAAGCUAUGAGUAAAAUUAGGACGUAUUUGUUAGAGCAGGUGUAUAAAUUUAGGAAACCAAUGACGAAUUAUCAAGUGCCGCAGAACAACAUGUUGAAGUAUAAAUUUUUCUUUGAGUUUAUUUUAUCGAACGAGCGGAACGUGGCGCAGGAAAUUUGCAACGAAUACGUAGAUACGAUGAGCAAGAUUUAUUUUUCGUAUUUUAAGUCGUACUCGGGACGCAUCAUGAAGUUGCAGUAUGAAGAGUGCACUACGAAGGAUGACCUCAUGGGGAUCGAGGAUACAGCAAAUAGGGGAUUGUUUAAUAAAAAUUUGAAACAUAAGGGGACAGUUUUUACAAUUGGAAAUCGUGGGGACGUGCUGGCGCAGCAACUGGAAGCCCCCAUUAUUGUGCCCCACGCACAAUCGAAAAAUAGGUAUGCAUUUGAAGCUCUCUUUAGAAGCGAACAGUACGCUUUGGUGGACAACGCCUGUCGAGAGUAUUUGUUUGUAAGCGAGUUUUUCAUGGUGAGAGGGCAACCAGCGCUCGACUUAUUUAAUCAAAUAAUGGGCAAAACCACUGGACUGUUGAAGAAAAACUUGGAGUCGUUUGUGGCUGAUUGUUACGACACCAUUGCUCUAUUUCUGUGUUUUCACUUGAUUCUGCGUUACAAAAUCAUGUGUCAUAAGCGCUGCGUUCCAGCGUUGGACGACUAUUGGGAUAAUUUGGAGAGGAUUAUUUUGGCGAGGUUUGAGUUCGUUUUUCGGUUGAAUAUCGCCAGUAUUAGGGAUUGCGACCCGAGUAAGUUCAACCUGGAGAUGGGACCCCAUUAUAUCACUCGUCGCUACGCCGAAUUCAGCGCCGCCUUAGUCGGCAUAAGCGAGAACUUCCCCAACGAGCUGGUGAACUGCCUCCUCGCCGAACUCCAGGAGGAGGUCGAACUCUUCAUUCUCCGAAUGGCCGGGAUUUUCCCCCAGCGCAAAGAACAACUAAUCUUCCUAAUUAAUAACUAUGACAUGAUUUUGCACAUAAUCAUGGAGCGCACCCGCGACAAUUGUAAGGAAGCCGAGACCUUCAAGAGUCGCUUAUCGUCCAAGAGCGGCGAAUACGUGGAGGAGAUCCUUAGUCCGCACUUCGGCGAACUCAUGCAGUACGUGAAGGAGUGCGAGUAUCUGAUAGAGAAAGGAAAGGGCGAGGACGUGAAGAAGCUCGAGGCGAAGUCGUUGAACAUCGUCCAGAUCUUCUCAGCGAAUUGGAAGAAGUCGUUGGAGGAGCUGAACAGGGAGGUGCUUUUGUCGUUCCCGAAUCUCGUAACGGGCUCGAGUUUGCUCCAGUUGGCGUUGACGCAGUUAGUGCAAUAUUAUCAUAGGUUUCAUAAGUUGUUGACGCCGAACGUGAGGACUCAGCUUACUAACAUCCAUCUGAUCAUGGUGGAGAUGAAGAAAUAUAAGACUAAUUAUUAGGCGAUUUGAUACUUAAGCGAAUUGGAUUAAAUUGAAUUGUGAUUGUUAGGGAAUUUGUUGUAUAUUUUAUUGUUUUAUUUGCACGUUGUAAGAGUAAGUAAAUUAACGACACUGGUA